ACGCAGCCCCCCGCCCGCACCCCGUCCUCUCUACUCUAACUACUACUACUUCCCCCACGUUCUCCCUCCCAUUCCCCGCAAACUCUCCUCGCAAACCAAGCGACGACGCGGCCCACGCCAUGAGCUAAGCAUUGAGCCAGUCGCCGCUCGAGUCCUCGGCUCUUCGUCCCGCCCGCGCAAGCGCCCCGGGGCCGUGCGGGGGCUAGGGUUUGGAUUCGUGGGUGGAGCCCGAGGCUAGAUCCAGCGGCAGGGGGGGAGGGGUGGUGGGCCCGGCCGGCGCGGGUGGCCGCCACCGCUACCGCCGGGAUGGCGGACGACGGCGGUAGCGUCGGCGGCAGCGGGGGCGGGGAGAGGAUGAAGCUGCUGUGCAGCCUGGGCGGGCGCAUCCUGCCGCGGCCGGGGGACGGGACGCUGCGGUACGCCGGCGGGGACACCCGGAUCGUGUCCGUGCCGCGCGGGGUGUCGCUGCCGGACCUCCUCGCGCGCCUCGCCGACGCGUACGGCGGCGGCACGGGCCCGCACUUCGCGGUCAAGUACCAGCUCCCCGACGAGGGGCUCGACGCGCUCAUCUCCGUGUCCUCCACGGAGGAUCUCGACAACAUGGUCGAGGAGUACGACAAGCUCAGCGGCGCCAGCCCGAAGCUGAGGGUCUUCAUCUUCCCCAUCCUGGAUGCGGCGGGCGGCAGCGGCGCCGCGGGGGAGGAGUUGGAGGGCGGGAGCUUCGACGCCGGCCUGCGGUAUCUGGAGGCCGUCAACGGCAUUGUGCGGAAGGACAGCAUCGCGAGCCUCUCGUCGACGCAGUACUCCGAUGGGGGGCUGCCCCCUCCGGCGCCGUCAGGGGGUGGCGGCCCGGGGUCUCCGGCUGCGCUCUCCCCCACCUCCACUAGCUCCAAUGAUGCUGCGAGAUCGAACAUCAGUGGGGCUGGGGCGGCGCCUCCGCCGCUUGUUGAUGUCUUCAGCAAUGCUGCUCCUCCUCCUGUACAGGCGAAGCCGCAGGAGAUUGCUGCUGAAGGGAGGGCUCCCCAGGCGAAUCCACAUCCACAUCCAGAGGUGGCAACACAUCCGCAUCCACUUCCGGAGGUGACAAGGUACCGGCAGCCGCUGUCGCAGCUGCCACCGCUGCCACCCGUGUUUAUGAACGAUCAUAGAGAUGCCAUGCAGGGUCUGAAUCAGCCGCCACCAGGGCAUGGGGCGAGAUUUGAUGACUGCCAUAUGUGCUUGAAGGCAUUGCCUCACGCUCACUCUGAUCCGGUGAUGAAUGAAUAUGGCAAUGAGGUGCACGGAGGGGCGGUGCCUGACCCGGGGCCUGUGUUCAUGAGCCUGCGGCCUGAAGAUGUGGCAAGGAUUAUGGUACCUGAAAGGUCUGCUCAGGCUCCGAUGGGGGCUUAUGGAUACACGCAUAUGCAUCCAGUGCCGCAGGAGAGGGUGUAUGUGCCGAAGGUGGAAGGGGUUACAAACUCAGUGCUCAUUGAUCCAACUGGCUUGCAUCAGCAUGUGUAUCUGCAGCAGCAGCAGGUGCCAUCUACCUAUGGGUUUAGCCAUAUCCCUGUGAUUCCUAGCGAGAAGGACAGAGUAGUUUCUCCAAGUUCUUCCCAUACUGAUGUUUCGAGCUCUCAUUAUCAAUUUGUGCAGCAGCCGCAACAGCAAUUGCCUUCUGGCCAUCCGAUGGCUCAGUAUCCAGCGAAGCCACCUAGUCCUAAUAAUCCGCUUGCUGGUGAAGGUAGUUUAAGUGGCAAUGCAAGGCAUCGUGAGGAUGGGCAGCUGCAUCGUGACAAUGUGUCUCUGGUUGCACCUGUGGCUGUGCCAAAUUAUGUGGCAAAUGUGGACAGGAUGAUGGAUUCCCUCCGGGUGAGUCCCAGUGAGGCUUCAGGAUCUACCGAGCAAAGGAAACCCGCCAUGUCUCCUGACAGUGGUUUACCCCAGAAUGCAAUACCAGAACACUCUCAGGGGCUCCCAGAGAAUAGUAUCAGUACCAGGCCAGAUACCCGAGCAAAAGAGGUUCAUCCAAGCAACACCAAUACUUUUUUUGAUGUGAAUGAACCAAAGGUACUGAUUCAAACUGAAUCAAUGCCACCACCAUCUGUGGCCAGCUCUUAUUUGCAUAACGUCCAGCAUGUUAAUAUGAGCCACAUGCCACACAUGAUGAGCAUUGGAGGACCCUAUCCUAGUUACGUUGUUGCUACGGUCGGGCCUGGUGGGGUGCCUCAAUCGACCUAUGGUAUUGAUCUAGUCUAUCCAAAUGCCACUGUUAAUACAGUGAGUGAGCAAAGAGAUGUUCCGCCUGAAGCUUAUCACCAGGAAGCUCCACAUGAAGUCGUUGCUCCUCCAAGUACAGCUCAGGUACCAACACCAGCAUUGGCAAAUCAUGCUCCUAAUGUGGAUCAAUCAGCUACAAAUGCGCAUGCACUGCCACCAAGACCUAAGAGGGUAGCAAGCAGGGAGAACAUCAGCCCAAGGGAUCCCCAUACACACAACUCUUUGCUGAAUUGCAAAGGGCCAGAUCUGAAUAUUCCAGCUGAGGAUGUUUCUCUCCAGCUACAGUCAGAUCACAAAGGUGAUGAUAUCUCUAACCCAGAUUUACUGGGUAUGGAGGAUGGGUUUGCUACAUCUAAAGCUCAGCCAUCUGAUCACCAACCUCCUCUGCUGAAUGAAGGAGCUGGGGCUGUUGCUAAUAAAGUAGAUGGUGAAGUUCACCCGAACGAGGUUGCCAAGAACAGGCCAGCAGAUUGGAUUUCAGGAUUUCCAGCUACAGAUGGACGUUUGCAGAUUAUAAAGAACAAUGACCUUGAAGAGCUCCAAGAGCUUGGUUCUGGAACCUUUGGAACUGUAUAUCAUGGUAAAUGGAGAGGCACUGAUGUUGCAAUAAAAAGAAUCAAUGACAGAUGUUUUGCUGGGAAACCAUCUGAGCAAGAAAAGAUGCGGUCUGACUUCUGGAACGAAGCAUCUAACCUUGCGGAUCUCCAUCACCCGAAUGUUGUCGCUUUUUAUGGUGUUGUUCUAGAUGGGCCUGGAGGAUCCAUUGCCACAGUCACAGAAUAUAUGGUCAAUGGCUCACUUAGGACGGCUUUGCUGAAGAAUGCCAAGACUCUUGAUCGACGUAAGAGGUUAAUUAUUGCCAUGGAUACAGCUUUUGGAAUGGAAUACUUGCACAGCAAAAACAUAGUGCACUUUGACCUGAAAAGUGACAAUUUGCUUGUUAAUUUAAGGGACCCUCAACGUCCAAUAUGCAAGGUUGGUGAUCUUGGGCUUUCAAAAGUGAAGUGUCAGACCCUCAUCUCUGGUGGUGUCAGGGGAACACUUCCAUGGAUGGCCCCAGAACUUCUGAAUGGUAGCAGCAGUUUGGUCUCUGAGAAGGUUGAUGUGUUCUCUUUUGGGAUUGUUCUCUGGGAACUCCUAACAGGAGAAGAACCAUAUGCAGAUUUACACUAUGGUGUUAUUAUAGGUGGCAUUGUGAGCAACACUCUACGGCCGCAGGUGCCUGACUCCUGUGAUCCAGAGUGGAGGUCACUGAUGGAGCAAUGCUGGUCAACAGAACCAUCCGAGCGGCCAAGCUUUACAGAGAUCGCAAACAGACUUCGCUCCAUGGCCACAUCCCAGAAGGUACAGCACUAAGGUUCACCAACAUCCAGAUAUUGUGCCGGGACCAGUUCGCUACCCUGCCAUAUAUGCCAAGGAUCUGUUCAUACCCCCCACCUCCAUUUAUUCCCGUAUAUUGUAAUCAAAAGUUACCUGCCGGCGUGUCUACAAGUGUCGCAAUGGACGCAGCAGAUGCCUAUUCAUUCAUUCAUACCGUUUUGGUCGAGAGGUGCGUUCAAUAAGUUACUAGUCUAGUGUCCGUUAUAGGGGAGAGUCCAAUAUUUAUUAUUUUUCUCUUUCAUUUUCUUCUUCCUUUAACACCCUUUUUCUGGGUAAUAAUUGGGUUACUUGGAAACAUGUCAGUCAGUCGGUCGGUCGGUCAGUCAGAAUGUGAACUGGUUGUUGCUGGGUAAGUAUGGUUUGUAGGAGUAUAUUACAAGUUUGGGAACAGAGAGUGAGGUCCUGCUUGUAACUAGACCUGCUUUGGUUUUGUGAUUGAGUUAUAGUGUUAUACUGAAAUCAAAAAAAAAAAUCCCCCGGUGCCAUUGUACAUCUAUCA